AUGUUGCCCCUCGAUCCAGUUACAGUUCUUUUGUCCAUCAUAACAUGCAUUUUCUUGGCAACUGUUUUACGCAAAGAGAAGAAACAUAAGAAUUAUCCUCCUGGUCCUAAGCCAUGGCCCAUAAUCGGAAAUUUUCUCCCCCUGAACGGCCAAGAAUCUUACUUAUCAUUCAAAGAGCUUGCUAAGAAGUACGGCCAAGUGUUCAGUAUAAAGAUAGGAGUCCAGAAGAUGGUUGUGCUGUGGGGAUAUGACACCGUGAAAGAAGCUCUUCAUGCAGAGGAGUUCUCUGACAGACCGUUUGUGCCUGUUUUGAUGGACUAUUCUAGAGGAUAUGGUCUUAUUUUCUCUAGUGGACAUAACGCUAAAGUCAUGAGACGUUUCUCUCUUUCUACAUUACGUGAGUUCGGUAUGGGGAAAAAAACCAUAGAAGACAAGAUCAAUGAGGAAUCCAGUUGUUUAGUGCAGGCAUUCAAAUCCCAUAACGGUGAACCCUUUGACAACACCAUGAUAAUAAACGCUGCUGUCGCUAAUAACAUUGCCUCCAUAUUACUUGGCCAUCGAUUUGACUAUGAUGAUCCAAAUCUUCAUAGGCUUUUGACAAUAAUGAUGGAUACCACGAGGGUUGGUGAUAGCUCCAUGGCCUUGUGGUACAACGCGUUUCCAUCCCUGAUGCGCUGGAUUCCAGGAAUUCACCAUACUAUUAAAUCAAACAGUGAUGAAUUACGUUCAUUUAUUAGAGAGGUUUUCAGAAAACGAAGGGAUGAACUGGAUGUCAAUGACCAGAGGAAUCUCAUAGAUCGUUUUCUUGUCAAACAGAAAGAGGAGGAACCUAAUCCCGAGUUAUACUUUCAUGAUGAAAACUUAACCUCUCUGGUAUCGGACAUGUUCAGUGCUGGAAUGGAGACAACGUCGAGCACAUUAAGUUGGGGCCUUCUAUUAAUGAUGAAGUAUCCUGAAGUUCAAAAAAAUGUUCGAAAAGAAAUUAAAGAAAUCAUCGGUUCAGCCGAGCCUCAGAUGGUGCACCGCCCACAAAUGCCAUACACGGACGCUGUUAUCCAUGAGAUUCAGAGAUUCGCCAAUGUUGUGCCAACUAAUGUCGCACAUAUGACUACUCAAGAUGUCACCCUGAAGGGCUUCUUCCUACCAAAGGGAACUUACAUCAUUCCAUCACUGACAUCAGUCUUACGAGACACCAAAUACUUCAAAAAACCUGAUGAAUUUUACCCUCAACAUUUUCUGGACUCUGAUGGAAACUUUGUCAAAAAUGAGGCCUGCAUACCAUUUUCUACAGGGAAGAGAAGUUGUGUUGGGGAGAACUUGGGUAAAAUGGAGCUUUUCCUCGUCUUUACUAAGCUGCUACAGAACUUCACAUUCAAGGCUCCUCCUGAAGCAAAGUUGGAUCUCACCGCUGCCGUUGGCUUAGUCUUACACCCACAGAAGCAUGAGAUCUGUGCAAUUCCUUGCAAUUAAUGGACAUUGUGAAAAGGUUUAAGUCCCGAAGGUUUCCGAUAUAUAGUGUACCUUUAACAUAUACCAGUAAUCACAUUACCAACAUACAGAUAAGACCCACAAUAAA